AAAGCAAUACAAAAACCUCAAUACUUUUAAAACUAUUUAAUAAUUACCGUUAGUUUUAAACAUCGUAAAGUUCCAUUUUUAUUUUGAAUGGUUCUUAUCCUGGCUAAACUCAAGGUCAUUAAAUGUGAGGUUAUUGUUGUUAUUGACUGUUAUGACUUGGGCUACAAAAGGAAAGCGGCAAAAACUACAAAAUCUAACUAUAACUCAUAUUUUACUUAAUUCUGUUUGUUAUAUUUCGUGAUUUCGACGUUUUUGUGACUCAAAAUGUCACUUAUAUACAUCAAUACAGACACUACCAUCACACCAGCAGAAUCUGAGGUGAAGACAGAAUCACACACCACUGAUGAGCAGUCACAAACCCAGAGUGAGGCUCAGGCAGCCCUCAGUCAGUUUUGGGCUAAAGCCAUGGAAGAAAUUCGUGCAAUUCGCGUCAUGGACUUGAAACAACAAGUUCUACCCCUGGCAAGAAUCAAAAAGAUCAUGAAACUGGAUGAGGAUGUGAAGAUGAUCUCAGCAGAAGCGCCACUUUUGUUUGCCAAAGCCGCCGAGAUUUUUAUUCAUGAACUAACGUUGCGGUCAUGGAUUCACACCGAAGAUAACAAACGGCGCACGUUGCAAAGAAACGACAUUGCGAUGGCAAUCACGAAAUUUGACCAGUUUGAUUUCCUUAUUGAUAUUGUGCCUAGAGAUGACAUCAAACCCAACAAGCCUAAAGAGGAAGGCGUCGCCAGAGCCGUGGUGAAUCCAGAGUAUUAUCUGCAGUUGGCCCAACAGCAUCAUCAUUCAUUACAGCAGAAUGUCACGACUCAGGCGCAACCUACAAGUUCAGCGAUACAGAUUGUCCAACCACAAGUUCAGACUGUGCAGGUUAAUCCAUUGGAACAGACAACUGCAAGUACAUCUGCAACGCCGACAACCCAACAUGCACCUGUGUUAAUUCAGCAACCCGCAGCGCAGGCAGCGGCGGCUCAGGCGCAAUCUCCAACUGGUGGAAUUCAAAUUGUUCAACAAAUUGUUACACCUAAUGGAGAAGUACAACAAAUACCGAUACAACUCUCUCCGCAACAAUUACAAAUGAUUCGAAUGCAAUUGGCGAACAACACAUCGCAACCGUUGAUUAUUCAAGCCGCGCCAAUUCAACAACCCACUCAACCCCAAAUUAUUCAGGUCCAAGGAAGUGGCGGCCAACAAGUUUACUUAACACAAAGCAACGGCAGUACCGAAAGCGAAUGAUCUACAAGAUUACACAAUAUUAUUUAAACACGCAUUAUUUUUAUAAUUUAAACUAUUUUUCUCGCGUUACGACGAGCGUCAUAAGAAAAAUAAACAUUGACACAGUG